AUGUCAUUGGCUGGUCCAACAGAAACAAAUCUAGGUGGACAUUUCCCCGGCAUGGCCAUCGAAAAUGGCAGGAGUUCCUCAAAAUGGGAGGGCAGCAGCCCAGGUGUUGCCAGGAACAGUGAUGCUUCUGACAAGAGUGUUGAUUACAGCAGAUCUCGGUGCUCCUGCAGAAGCCCAGGCUCCCACUGCGAUUAUUCAGAAGACUUUCUGUCUGAGUUCUCAGAAACCACAGCUAGGAACAACUUAGAGAAGCCUACAGUAAAACAAAAGAAGGAGAAGAAGUAUAAUGUUUCUAAAAUCUCCCAACCUAAAGGCCAGAAGGAAAUCUCGGUUGGAAAAAAGCACAGAUGGAACGUACCAUUUCUCAACUCUCAUAUCCGUGUUGCUGCCCAGCGACGUGAUGCCAUGGCCCACCGCAUCCUGUCAGCGAGGCUUCAUAAGAUCAAAGAACUGAAGAAUGAGUUAGCUGAUCUGCACCACAAAGUAGAGGCCACAGUCAUAGAAAACCAAUAUCUGAAACAAGUCCAGCUUAAGCACUUGAAAGCUAUAGGAAAAUAUGAGAAUUCACAAAAUAAUCUACCUCAAAUUAUGGCCAAACAUCAGAAUGAAGUGAAAAAUUUAAGACAGCUCCUCAGGAAAUCCCAGGGAAAGGAAAGAGCCGUGUCGAGGAAGCUGAGAGAGACGGAUGGUGAGCUGCUGAGGACAAAAGAUGCCUUGCAGGCCCUGCAGAAGAUUUCUGAAGACAAGAGUCUUGCAGAGAGGGAAGAGCUCACUCAGAGAUUGUCCAUUCUUACAGCAAAGAUGGAGGCAAACGACAAAAAGAUACAGAGCUUGGAGAAACAAUUGAGGCUGAACCAUAAAGCCUUUACUCGGCAGCUGACCUUUGAGAACCGGAAGACCUUAGCAGCUCAGGCUGCCACAAAGACUCUGCAGAUGGAAGUAAAACACCUUCAACAAAAACUUAAGGAGAAGGAUCGAGAGCUCGAAAUUAGAAACAUCUAUACUAACCGGAUACUCAGAAAUUUACACGACAAAGAUGAUUAUCCAAAAGUUUCUUCAACAAAGUCAGUACAAGCAGACAGGAAAAGUUUUCCAUUUACAAGUAUGCGACACCAGGAAACCCAAAAAUCGGAAGAUGUUCCAUCUUGGACAACUAAGAGCAAGAAGACAACAGGAAACAAUGGUCAUAAAGAAAAAUCUAUUGAAAUAAUCCAUGCAAUUACUCCCUGUAUCAGCAAACUACCAAACCAAGAGGAUUCCAAGAGAAAAUAUGAAGAUUUAGCCAAGGAAGAACAAAAUUUGGAAGCACAACCAUCUCUGAAGAAUGCUAGACAACAGAGAGAGAGAACAGAAUAUCAAGAAAAGAAGGCCACUUUAGUGAAAGAAGAACAGGAACUACCACCAAAAAGAAUUCAAGUAAUCCAUCCCAAAGGGGAAGGUGGUCAGGAAGAUGAUACAGAAAAAGACAAGUUUAAAAGAAGUCCAGAAAUCAGUGACAUGGGUGAUAUGCCAGAUAAAAAUGCUGCUCCAAAUAUCAAGAUACCCUUCAGACAAAGAAAGCAUUAUUCAUUCACAGAAGCCAUCGAAAACCUGCAUCACGGGCUUCCUGCCUCAGGCGGGCUGGCCAAUGCUGGCAGCAUGAGGCACACUCAUAGCACAGGCAAGCACCACAGUUACUCGGAAGAAAUGAAGCCGGAGCAUCCUGCCAUCGCCUACGAACCCUCCUUCGCUAAAUCUUCCAGAACAAACGCAAAAGACACAACUUUCAGGGAGAAGAAAAGCCAUCUAAUGGAGGAACUCUUUGGGUCAGGCUAUGUCUUAAAAAGCAACCAAACAAGUACUACUGUCAUGAAAGAGCCUGAGGAGACUUUGCAGGCUAGGAAGAUGCAUCAUCUACCCGCUAGCCAGGCAUCUGCCAGCAAUGCUUUUGGAGAUUCUAGAGUAACCGUAGUAAAUUCUAUUAAGUCAUCUUCACCCACAGAAGGAAAGAGAAAGAUAAUUAUUUAA